AUGGACGACUACCUUAAAGUGGGAAGCAUACAGCCGAACCUGGAUAUUCUCCAGCGUCCCGGCGCCGUAGGGGCACAAAGAUCGCAGUACCUCGCGCCAAACUUCAGCGAUAAGCAGCUCUAUCUCAGCGGCUAUGGGCGUCAUUGGGGAGAGAAAAUCACUUACUCCGUAGGACUGGCGUAUGGUUCUGGUAUGCUUCUGGGCGGGUCGUUCGGUAUGAUCAAGGGUAUAGCUAAGGGCGGCGCGACAAAGAAACUGUUUAUCAACUCGCUGCUAAACCUUUGCGGAACCUACGGACCGGGGCUGGGCAACCGCGCGGCGUGUGUCACGUUGCUCUAUUGCGCAAUCAACAGUACCAUCAAGCUAACGAGGAAUUCCGACGAGCACGAUCAAUACGUGGCUCCUGUGGCAGGCUUUGCCGCUGGCGCGUUGUACAAGUGCAAGGGAAGGUGGCCAGCGUUCGCCAGGUACUCCCUCGGAUCGGCUGCGGCAUUCACAGCAAUCGACUAUGCGCUGAGGAAUUCCUACCUCUGA